UGUCUGGUAACAUCAAAUCCAUAACAAAAAUCUCAGUCAUCUUUAAACACCAUCACAAUGUCUUCCAAGAGUUUUCCAAUAAGUUUUGGUUUGUUUGUUUUUGGGAUUCUUGCUUUAAAUGCGUACUCAGAGAUGGCAUCGGCGCAAGCAACUUGUCAACCUGGGCAACAAGGGUGGACUUACCCCCUAACCCUAACUUGUUCUGGAUGUGAUCUUAAAUGUAAUGCAAUAUGUCUCUUUAAACCAUAUACCAAGUUCUGCAAUGGCAAUCCAGGCUGGUUUACCCAAGGAUGUCUGUGUUGUUGUGGAGCAGCAAGCCCAGUCCCUGUUCCACCAUCACCUCCACCUCCAUCACCACCACCACCACCUCCUCCAAGAGAUCCACGAGACUUAUGCCUUCCCACUGAGAUUUCUCACUCGAGCGCAACCGCCUCUUGCUCCACAUGUCCAGCCUGUAAUUGUGGUCCUGGUGUAACUCCAACACUUUCCGGGGUGUGCGUUAAUAAUUACUGCAACUGUUGUUGCCCGAGUGCCCUUACAUCGUCAACCACUCCUGGUUCGUCAUUCUUCGAAAGAGCAGCAAGAAUAAUGUUUCAGUAGAAGUAGCAAUCAGGAGGUCAUUAGCUAGCUGCAGACAAUGUGACGUCACAGAGUGUGAUCUUUAUGCGUUUAGUAACAUUAAUAAGCAGCAUCUUCUCUUUUUCUUUUGUUGUUUGAGCAUGUAGUGAUGAAUCCGUAUAUUCCAUCCUCCAUUGACGUAUUUGUGUUGGUAUUAUAAGAUGCUGGUGUUUUUGGUUUGUGAAGUUCAACUCAAUGUAACCAGGCUAGUAGUUUUAAUGUGAUAAUGUUUCUUUCUAGAUCC